AUGAGGAUAAUAUUCAUUCAUAAAUUCUGCCUACCUAAGGCGAGUGAGAGUAAGGUGGAAGAGAAGACGCCGCAAGACAGACAGGGAUCAGAUUGGGGAGGUCGAACGCACGACUCAACUUACACCCUAUAUAGAUUAGGGGAAAGAUUGUCUACGGGUGCCAGAUUAUAUGUAGAAACCGGAAGAGCCGAUGGAUUGGACACGGAUGGGGAUUCGCCCAACAGCCUUCACUCAUUCACGGGUCCUCCGAUUCCUCAAGGUGAAGGCACGAGUGUCACACGGGCCUUUUUGGAUGGCAAUCAUACUCUAAUUAGCAUUAUGGCGCGCAUCAAUCCUAGUCCCGAUUGGUUCGUAGGCGUGGAUUCCUUCCAACUGUGCGUCGAGGGCAAUUGGGUCGAUACCGUUACCGUGGAGCUCGACCCGCUGGAUGGGGGCACGGAUAACGGCUUCACAUUCACGGCUGCCAACUGGCCGACGCAGCCCCAAGGAAUCGCUUACAGGAUCACAUCCCGAUAUCCGGCACAUCCCGCGGGAAGCUUCUAUUAUCCGAAUCUACCUCGUCUGCCGCCGAUAGCUACCCUCACAUUUACCAAGAUAAAAAUGUAUGAUUUUAACGAUCCUUCACUGAACAGAGAUAAAUCGGAUAAUUAG